GUCAAAUUCCGCACGCAGCUGCUAAAUCACUCAUGCUAUGAAGACGACGGAAGUGGAUGGAUUGAUAUCUGAAUUACACAGUGAGCUGGAAAAUGACAACAGCCUCCAUGAAUCCUCGAUUAACUGUACUUCGAACGAAACGGCAGUCAUCCAUGAUGCGCCCAGUGGUCCAGUACUUUCCACUUCAGAAACAUGCCCGGUAAUGGAUUCGAACUCCGUUAUCCCCGAAACAGCAUGUACAGACAGCAACGUAUCCAGCUCACGAGAAGAUUCCAUUGUUUUGCCAGAAAAUGUGUUUCACGAAUCAACUAAUAAUCAAGAACCUGGCACAGUUUUGUUGGACGCGGAUUACCAUAAUCAUCCAUUAUCUACUAAUGAUGCUCCUUAUAAAUUUGACAACAAUAUCUCAGAAGAUUUGAACUCUGAUGAUUUCGAAAUGAGUGGUGUUUAUCCUCAUUAUCUGGUCGAUUUUACUGGAUUCCCAUUUCAAUGUGUUUUAAAUACAAUCAAAUUAAUUGUAAUUUGGUUUUAUGAAGACCCAACAUUAUUUCGAGGGGGAGGAUAGACGCGAGAAAAAUUUAAAAUCCGGACAUCGACUCCGGAUCUCCAAAAAAAAGGGGAGGUGUUGGGAUAUUCAGGAAAAUAUCCCAAAAAUUAUCCUGUUAAGCCUAAUGCUAUCCUUGGACAUGAAAUGGUAUCAUCUUAUUGGUCAAUAUUUAUUUAACGUGUUAUUUUCCUGUUGGCCAUUAUUGUACAAUGUUAUCUUCUAUUUUAUGGUACGUUGUGGCCUGCUUGACUGGUAUAUAAACAAAGUAUGUUUGAAAUAUAAUGAUUCAUAUAUCCGAGGCUGUGACUUGCGUUCUGGACUCAACUGGCUGGGUUAGACAGGGAAGCGAGAUCAAUCAGAACCCUAGGUCGUUCCACGUGUUUGUGCGUCUUUGGUCCGAUCAAUAAUUCGCUACCCCUUAAUCCGCAGCAUUAUUUUUCGCAGCGAUAACACUUUUAAAAAAUAUUUAGGGCUUAUUUUGUUGUUAG